AUGUCCGAGUCGUCUCCGUUCAAGCCCUUUGGCUUGACGCAGGUCUAUGUUCCCCGCGAUGGGGCCCCCACUGUUGAUAUCGUCUUCGUCCACGGUCUAAAUGGCCAUCCACAUGAUUCUUGGACAAGCAAGUCGACCAACUGCUACUGGCCAGUCGAUCUACUGCCAGAUGUCCUCGCCCCUCUUCGUCCCCGUAUUCUAACCUAUGGAUACAACGCGAACGUAACCGCAUUCACGGAUGGUGCAUCGCGAGAUUCCAUCGUUAGCCAUGCGGAGACCCUAGCUUCAAAUCUGGCUGCCAAUCGCAACCUUCGGAGUUGUUCCGAUCGCCCCAUUAUCUUUGUCUGCCACUCACUUGGUGGUUUGGUCGUCAAACGCGCCCUCAUCUAUAGCCGUAGCCUUUCCAACGAGAAAACCGAGCACCUCCGUUCCGUCUACGUAUCAACUUUUGGUAUCCUCUUCCUUGGAACUCCCCAUAAUGGCUCUGAUAUCGCCAAAUGGGGCCUGUUGUUGCACAACAUCUGCAGUGCUGUUAUGCCCAAGAAAUUUAUGGAGGCCUCUCCACAGCUUGUCAAGGCCCUGCGAACAAACAACGAAACUCUACAGCAUAUCAACAGCUUAUUCGCUGAUAUCAUGAGUCGUUUCCACAUCUACCUUUUCCACGAAACUCGCUCCACCGACGUUCGUGGGACUCGCGAAAUUAUCGUCGACGAGGCAUCGGCAGCCCCCUAUCUGGAAGGUGUGGAGCGGAUGGGUAUUGAAGCAGACCAUAGCCACAUGUGCAAGUUCGAUGACGAGAAUGCCGCCGGCUAUGAAGUGGUUGCGGAGGCGAUUCUCCGGUAUUCCCGUCAGGCUCCUAUGGUGAUUGCCGAUCGCUGGGUCGAGGAAAAGAAGGCUCGCACCCUUGAGAAGCAGCAUAAGGCAAGGGAAAUUUAUGACGGUAAGCCAGAUAUCCCAACUAUUUUAUUUUAUUUUGGAUAUUGA